UUUUAUUUUGAAGGUUCAGACUGGGGUGUGUGUGUUACUGCAGCCAGGGACUGAGGGAAGGAUGCGUGCAGCUGACGGCUGGAUCACUCUCCCUGCUCUCCUGGCUCAGUCAUGUCAAACAACAGCGCCCCUAACAGCAGUUUGGUCCUGGCCCAGAAGGCAGUGAAGCAGCUUCGUCUGGAGGCCAGUGUCAACAGGAUAAAGGUUUCUCAGGCCGCUGCAGAACUGAAGACCUUCUGUUUGCAAAAUGCCCACAAAGACCCUCUCUUGACCGGGGUGCCCUCCAGUGAUAACCCCUUCAGGCCUCCCAAGUCAUGUGUCCUCCUCUGAGGACUGUGAAGAAGUGAAAAAACACUUUAACAGAUGCCUGAUCAUUCUGAUGUGGAUUUCUGUCAUGUGCCCCAUUGCCUCUGAAGAUAAAGAAGUCAAAACUAUACACACACUCACUCGCACAAACACAAAAACACACACAAGUUUUCACUGGGGCAACUAUGGAAUGAUGCUGAAAGCUUCAGUUGAAACAUUUUGUAAUGCUGUAUACCAAAUCUAUUAGGAUUUAUGUGUCUGUACAUUUAUAAAGCAAGCUGAUUUUUCAUGGUUCAAGAAUCUACACUAUGAUAAACAGGCCUUAAGGCCAGUAUGGAAACCUGAUAUACCGUUAUAAGUUGAUGGGUAUCUGCUGAUCUUGUAGCUGGCAGUGUGAACAUGUGGUCUAGUUCAUAAAGGUCAAACAUGCUCUCUCAACUAAUGAGCAAUUUUAUGAUUCACCAUUAAAAGUUACCAUGUUGGCCAUCUGUGACUUGAAGGUCUGUUCAGCAUGAAUGUUGUAUCUUAGUUUUGAGCAGAUACGAACUGUAUUAACUAAACAAAACUUCACUGAGGUAAACUACAAAGAAACCGGGUUAAAUGAAACUUAUCUCUCUGACUUCCUGAUAUAAGUACAUAAAUACUCUUUUAAGUUGUAGGUCAAAGAGCUCUACCAAUCAAACGCUGUACACAGGACACUGGGAAGUAGAAUAAACUGAAACAGACUGACAGUAUAAGUUACCUACUCUUGAUAGAAAACCUAUAGAUUCCUGUUAUAUAACUGUGUAUGCUACUAAACCUGUCACCUGUUGACCCCUCGGUCAGGAUCAGGCACACCAACACAGUCUCUCUAUAGUUGUCAGGAUCCUCAUUGACAUAAUGCAUUCCCUAGCCCCAACUAAAUGUCUAACCCCAACCUAGAUCUAACCCUAAAACCAAGUCUUAACCCUUAAAACAACCCUUUGAAUUUGUGAGGACCAGUCAAAACAUCCUCACAAAGUCAAAAUGUCCUCACAAUGAUGUUGUUUAACCAAAAUUGGCUCUUAUAACUAUAGCUAGACACACACACACACACACACACACACACACACACACACACCCACACCCACACCCACACACACCCACAAACACACACACUCUGUAAACAUGGUGUCCAUUAAAUUAUUACCAC